UUGUGGUUUCUGAAAUGUUGAAGAUAUGUGACUGUCCCAGUAAACAAAGUUCAACAGCCAUUGCCAAGAAGAUGGUGGCAAAAUACCCAACAUCGUUGCAGGAUGUUAUCGAAGGUGAUAUAGUUGGUACAGGGUAUCAUUCGCUGGUGAAACAGUUUCAGAAUCGUGUAGAAAAUGUAAAAAGAUCCUAUGUGCCAAAAGUCAAGAAACGCAGCAGAACCGAAGACUCUGACACAGAUGAGAUUCCUGCUGAAAAAAAGGCAGCCGUUCAAGACACUUACGGAUGUGUGAGUUGGGAAUUGAAAUUUUUGCCGCUCAAUGAGACUGAAGAGAGCCAGUUGGAUAAACGACAACAAAUGAAGAUGAUAUCUAAAACAUCAACUGUUGACCCAGAAGUAGUUGGCACCCUUUUAAAAGCAACAUACUACACACAACGCCAAGACAUAAACAAGGGUACAAGCAUGCAACAGCUUUGUGAGAACUGGCCUUUUUUAUUCCAAGAGUUUGGUAUGUGUGCACACUUCAAGCAGCUAACUGGAAUUGAUCUGAAGGAGAUGUUCCUCAACAGCUUGGAUAAAAAGGGACAGCGGCUCCUAAACUUUCUUAAAACUGUUGGUGGAGACAGGAAGAAGCAAGUACUGCAAGCUGCUGCAAAGCUUGAAGUUAUGAGGGGUCAAAUUGAGGGCUGUUCUGAAGAUUUCAAAGACAUGGUGCUGCUCCUGCUUGCCUACUUCGAUGAUAAGGAGGAGAUGAUGUUUCAUUAUGUGGAAGAGUGUUGCUCUGUCGAAGAUGUAGAGCUAGACAAGUUACCAGCAACACCCUGCAUCAUUGUCUGUGGCUCUUCGUGCUACACAUCAAAGCUGUUGAUGUUGAGCAUCGACCAACGGAUUACAACUGCACACAUUUCUACAUUCAUCUCAGCAAUCUGCAUAAUGUUUGGCAGUUACUACUGCUUUAACAUUCAUUAUCCUUUGGAGCUGGGUUCUACUCUGGAGUUCCUGCAAAGGUGCUUCUUUGGCAUAAACCCAGAGAAGGGCACCAAAGUUGAAUGGAGGAAAAACAAAGAACAGCUUCCAGUGAAUCCCAGAGUUCUUACACUCAUAGCAGACCUUGCGGACUAUGAAUGGAGAGCAGAUUAAGGUUGGAAAAAACCUUUUUUGACAGUUGGAUGCCUAAAGAUUACAUUGAUACUGACAAUGUUUUACUACCUUAACCUGGUAGGACUUUGGCCUUUUUCAUUUUUGAUGUUUACAGUAUUUCAGUUCACUUCAAGUUGUGCAGAUUUGUUUUUUCAGUACAAUGCUAAUAGUCACUGGCUUGAUGCUCAAACUUUGUGUUGAAUAUAAUUUAAGUGUUGAUUCAUUUUAUGAAUCUAUUUUAAGGCUUGAAUACGUUUCUGUACUUUUAGUUUAUAUGGUACUUCACCUGUAGUAAUUUAAGCAGCCAACAAACUAUUGCAUGUGUGCCUAUAAUAAAAACAGAAAGUUCUUUAUGCUGUAAAAAAGUUAAAAUUGGAAUGC